UGCGACAAGGAGUUCACAACAAAUCUUCCCAACAGUAGCAAUGGAAAACCAUUUCCGAGACCUUACACCUUUGAUUCCUGACCUGAAGGUCACCAUACAACGUUCCUUUACUGUCUCCCCAACGGAGAAAACAGAGAGAAGGUUCAUGUUUCUUUCAAACAUAGACCAGGGCCUCAAUUUCAGAAGUGAAGGCCUCCAAUUCUUCAAGCCCAACGCUAACUAUCCACCGAAUACCGUCAUUGAUAUACUUGAAACCGCAUGUCAAAAAAUACUUGUGCCUUAUGAUUUCUUGGCAGGAAGGUUGAGGUUGAACCCUCAUCAAGAUCGCUUAGAGAUCGACUGCAACUCUGCAGGGGUAGGCUUUGUUGUGGCUACUAGCGAUGUGUCUGUUGCAGAGAUUGGUGACCUGCUGUACCCCAGUCCUGUUUUUAAACAACUCAUAGCAGAAGCCUUGGAUACCUUGGGAGCUGAUGACCAACCUCUAUGCGUCCUCCAGGUUACAUCGUUCAAAUGCGGUGGCUUUGCCCUGGGUGUAUCCUGCAACCACGCAUUAUUUGAUGGUAUCAGCUUCAGAAUCUUCAUAGAAAAUCUUUCCUGUGUUGCUGCCGGCAAACCUUUAGCUGUUAAUCCUUACAACAAUCGUCAACUCCUAGCCGCUAGAUCUCCACCACGUGUAACCUUCUCCCACCCCGAGCGAGUAAAGCUUGAAAUCACACGAAAUGUUGAACCUUCCAUCACCAAGACACUAUUCGAACCUAUGCCGGAGAACCUUGUACCCAAGAUUUUCCGACUAAGUGCCGACGAUAUUUCCAAACUCAAACAGAAGGCAAAGCAUGAAGGAAGCAACCCCCACGUAACGACUAGUUUCAACGUGGUCGCUGCUCAUAUCUGGCGAUGCAAGGCCCUCUCAGAAGAUGUGGGUGAGAAUGAUCUAGAUCAGAUGUCGACCGUCCUCUACGCUGUUGACAUCCGGCCAAGAAUACGUCCUCCCCUUCCGCCGUCGUACACCGGAAACGCUAUCCUCCCGGGUUAUGCCACUGCCUCUUUUCGCGAUAUCAAAGAGGCUCCUUUCUCACGCUUGGUGGAGAUGGUGUCGGUGGGAGCCAGAAGAAUGACGGAUGAGUAUGCUAGAUCUGUUAUUGACUGGAUUGAAUUGUACAAAGGGAUUCCAUACGGGGAUCUUCUCAUCGUGUCGUGGUGGAGAUUACGGUUUUCUGAGGUGGAGUAUCCUUGGGGACGACCUAGUUAUAGUUUCCCAGCGGUGAAGUACAGGAAAGGCCUUAUCCUAUUAAUCCCCGACAUUGAGUGCGAGGGUGCUAGCAGUAGCAGUGACCAAGAGUUGAGCGUUUUUCUGUCCCUUCCGAUUAAGAAAAUGGAGAAAUUCCAGGCCCUCUUCCGUGAGUUCUUAAGUCCUGAUACAAGUAGGUCUCGCUUAUAGAGUAGUGUAGACUAAUAUCCAGUCAAUAUAUUUCCUUUCAAUUCCCGUGCCUUUAUAUAUAGAAUUAUAGCUAGCUAGUAUUUGACGAAUUAAUUCAUCAAGCUUCAUCAGCUAAAGAUAUCAGAAGCUGAGAAGUGAGAUGAUUGCUACUUGUUGCUUAGAUUGUGUUUGAUUUUUUUUUUUUUUUUUGUAGUUUCUGUUUUAUG